AUGUCAACCUCGGUUGAAAAGAAUGAUGAGUCUGUUGUUAGUGGCACAAAGGAUGAUGCAGCAUCGCCUUCCUCUAGUAGCCUAGGAGAGGGUACCGGCAUUGACGAGAAGAAAUUGCUACGGAAGUUAGACUAUCGCCUUCUUCCUCCGUUGAUUCUGCUUUAUCUUCUUUCCUUCCUAGAUAGAAGCAAUGUUGGCAAUGCUAGGCUCGAAGGAAUGACCGACGACAUCAAGAUGUCGGGAGACCAAUACCUCACUGGGUUGACCUUGUACUUCAUUGGCUACGUCCUUUUCGAGAUUCCAGCCAACGUUGUCCUCAAAAUGACCACCCCGAGAAUCUGGCUACCCACGCUCACUCUUGUCUGGGGUAUUGUUGCAACAUUACUCGGAGUCGUUCAGAAUUACUCAGGGUAUCUCUCCUCGCGAUUCUUCCUGGGUGUAGCAGAGAGUGGUCUUUUCCCUGGGGUGGUCUUUUACCUUUCCAUGUGGUACAAACGAAACGAGCAGCACUAUCGCGUUGCAUUGUUCUUCAGCGCAGCCAGUCUUGCGGGUGCUUUUGGUGGUAUAUUGGCAUGGGGAAUCGCACACAUGAAAGGCGUCGGCGGAUACAAUGGAUGGAGAUGGAUUUUUAUAUUAGAAGGCCUUCUCACAGUCAUAGUGUCUAUCACUGCCUACUUUUGGGUUUACAACUACCCAGACACCGCCGAGUUCCUCACCGAAGAGGAGCGCGAAUUCAUUCAAUUUCGCCUUAAGAAUGAUAGCGAUGCUACGCGAGAUGAAGAAUUUACCUGGUCAGCCGUGUUGGAUGCGUUUAAAGACCCCAAGACCUGGCUCUAUGGUCUCGGUUUCCAUACAAUGAGUCUACCACUAUAUACGCUUUCUCUUUUCCUGCCUACCAUUAUCAAGGAGCUGGGAUAUUCCGCCGCUCAGGCACAGCUGCUCAGUGUACCUCCUUACGCCGUGGCUUUCUGCACUACUAUCGGCGUUGCCAUUUUAUCGGAACGACUACGUCUUCGUGCCCCUUUUAUUAUGGGAUCGUCGGCUGUGGCUUGCAUUGGGUAUAUUCUUCUGAUUUCGCAACACCGGCCUGGAGUGUCGUAUCUCGGUACUAUUUUUGCCGCGGCGGGUAUCUAUCCAGCAGUCGCCAUUGUCCUCUCAUGGCCUGCAAAUAACGUCUCAGGUCAAACGAAGCGGUGCAUUGCCAACGCUAUGCAGAUUUCGAUUGGAAACCUGGGAGCUGUCCUUGGAACGCAACUGUAUCGAACCGAAACUAGCCCUCGGUACUUUCUUGGACAUGGCUUCGCCCUGGGAUAUCUUGUCGCCAAUAUCAUUGUCGUAGGAAUUCUGUGGAAAGUGCUCCAAAAAGAAAAUGUUGAAAAGGAACGCCUACGUGAGGCACAGGGACUUCGGCCUUUGAUGGGUGAUAUUGGUGAUGCCGAUGGAGAUUUCCUAGGCGACAAGGAUCCACGAUGGAUUUUUCAAACCUGA